AUGAGAGAUCAGUUUAUUGCUGGUCUAGUGUCAGAACAACUUCGUGUCAAACUAAUAGGAAAAGGACAUCGGCAUAGGGACGGCGAUCGAAGUAAAGUUUCAUUACGUGAAGUGGCCGAAAUUGCCAAGGCAUAUGAAGCAACGACAAUAACAAAUAAGUUGACGAAAAAUGCUUGGGAAAGUCAACAAGAGCGAGUAAAUUAUUCAAAUAGCCAACGAAGGCAGCCGAUGAACCGUGACCGUCGUGAUUUCACAAUACCACAGCAAACAAUAACAAGAAUGUGCUUUUAUUGCGGUUUUCAACAUAAACAACCUCGACAGCAAUUUUGCCCUGCUUUUAGAAAGCGAUGUAACAAAUGUGGAGUGCUUGGACAUUUCGCAAGAGUUUGUAAAAGUGAACGAAGUUAUCACAUGCGCGAGGAAAAAGCUAACCAAGUUCAAGAUGAAUUAAACGAAGAACUAUUUGCCGUGGAGAACAAUAAAGACAAUGGCAGUGCAAAGAAAUUCUUUGCUAAUUUAACAUUGCUUAAGAAAAGAAAAAAUCGAGUGAUUAGAGCUCAAAUUGAUUCGGGAGCUACUUGCAAUACAAUGCCGUUAAAUUGGUUGCGGAAGAAUUUUCCGGGAUGUAAAUUAGGAAGGACUUUGGCAACAAUAUGCACAUAUGGAAAUCAGAAAAUUGCACCCAAAGGACAAGUUACAUUAUGUUGUGAAGCACCAUAAGUGCACUUGUUAGACUUUCUGGUCGUUGAUGUGGCGGAAGAAAAGCCAGCAUUGUUGAGUGGUUGCGAUGCACAGAAGAUGGGGGUAUUGAAGAUUUAUGCUGACGAGGUUCAAGCAGUUGAUGUUGAAAGUGAAAGAAAAGGGACCGACCUUCCUCCGUUGGGGCAGCUAACCAAAGAAUCGAUUAUUACGCAUUAUGGGGAUGUUUUCAAGCCAGGAAGGGGAAAACCUCUCGGCGAUCCUUUGCAUAUCGAGGUUGAUCCAAGUGUUAAGCCU